GAUCUGAAGCUCCGCCCCAUGAACUUUGGAAAGAUUUUUAUUUGUGUGCAGUGAUCAGUCAGAGGUUCCUCCUUCUCUUCUCAGCCACAGACUGAACAUCACACAGAUAUGUUUGACAUCUGGAUCAUGCUGUUUCUCCUCCUGUCAGGGGGGAGGGCGUUCAUGAUCCACAGCACCCAGCGCAGCCUGUGUCUGGAAGACUCUGCAGCUACAGGUGAAGUCCUGCUGAAAGGGUGCAACCUGGACUCUGUGUAUCAACAGUGGGUCUGGAUCACUCAGGGCAAGCUGAUGUGUGUCGCAACAUCCAGAUGUUUGUCGGCCCAGCAGACAGAGCCAGUCCGGACCUUGUCCUGCCAGGAGCCGGAGGGUGAUGCUUCAAGGUUACUGUGGGACUGUGACAGGGACAGGCUGAUCAGCAGGAACACGUCAAUGCUGCUGUCAGUAGAUGGCCAACGUGUGAUUCUGACUUACAACAGCAAACAGUCCAAGUGGAGAUCUCUGGAUGAGGGGGACAUCUGCCAGGAAAAACUCAGACUCAGGAGGGCGUCUGAUGAUCCAGAUGAGUUUCAGGAUGAAGAGGAGCAGGUCGGUGAGAGUGCAGCCAUGACAGAGGAACAGAGACAGUAUCUGCGCUGGUACUAUCGCACAGAGGAUUCAACCACAUGGAAGUUUGUGCUGCUGGGACUGGCCUUUGUCUGCCUGUUGGUUGGUUUUCUGCUACUGGGAAUGGGAGCCAUGGCCAACAAGAACAGAAAGAAGAUAGCUCAGUACAAAGCAGCAGCAUCUCUGGUUAAGAAGAGUGGAGAUGAGGAGCUGCAGAUCACCUCACCACUCAGAGACGACUGCAGAAGCAAACCAUCAACUUCAUCAUCAUCCUCUCCUGACAGGCUACUGAACGGAAACGGAGAGGUGAACGAACUCAGAGCAGGAAACAUCCUGGUCACAUGGAAAGAUGGCAACACCUCUUGCCUGUACUCAGAUCCUGCACCACAGGUGGAGCAACAUGAAGAGGAACAGGAAGAGGAACAGGAAGAGGAGCAGGUGGAGAAACAGGUGGAGGAGCAGGUGGAGGAGCAGGUGGAGAAAGACGUAGUGGUGUCAGCUGCUGAGCUGUCAUCUCAUGAAGUAAAGACAAUAGAGUGAAGGGUUCACAUUACAGUGAAUAGUAUGAUUCUCCUCCAGAGGAAUUCAUAUGACGUUACCCUGUGUUACAUCUGUAAAACAACAUGUCUGACACUCUGAAAACUUUAUCUCCACCUUCACUGCCAGCUUCUAGAGAUGAAAAACAAAUAUUCAGGCAGAAUGUUAGAUAUGUUUGAUUAUUCACUCAAAUGCUCAGAUCAACUUUGUUCAUUAUAUUGAGAAAUAUACUGAUUUGCUGUCAUUGAAAGAGUUCACACUGAUACCACUCUCAUGUCUUAAUGGUAAAUAUGAAGCUACAGCUAAGAGACAGCUAGCAUAGCUUAGCAUAAAGACUAAAGACUGUAAACCUGGCUCUGCCAGCCAAUAGCUGAUUAACACCUGUACCUUGUUUGUACUAAACAAAAAUGUUAAAAAAAAAAGGUUUUAUUUCUUCCGUAGCAGCAGCAACUACUGUUCACAGCUUCAGGGAAUCUUGUUGUCGCAGUGAGGUGGUGGUGUACCAUCAUGUCUGAGACCUGUGUGAUACUGAGACCUGUGCUCACUGACAGUAUCUGACCCCCUGUAGCCACAGACGCUGCACAGCGCUAAAGGGUUGAUGAAUAAAUACCACCUAACCCAAUCUGCCCCUGCCAACAAGUAUGACUUCAGUUCAUUCAAUGACACUUAGUGUAUGUCAUAGUGAAGCUGUUCGCUGACACAGUGAAGCUGACUGAAAGUGAAGCUCCUCACCGACACAGUAGAUACCAGUCUUCCAUGGAACCUACAAACCCACAGUACUGUUCAUUAGACAGCAUGGACAGAGGCAGGUUAGCUGUUUCCCUGUGUUUUUAUGCUAAGCCAAGCUAACCACAUUCAGACUCCACCACACAGACACGAGAGAGAUUCAUGUAUUCCCCAUAAACUGAACUGGAUAAGAAGAUAAUAAUUGUGAUGUCAUCCCAAUAUGUGUGUGUGUGCAUGUGUGUGUGUGUGUGUGCGUGUGUGUGUUCGCCAUCAUUAACUAAUAAAAUCAUUUCUGGAGAAA